GCCGCGCGGUUGCACGUUCUCUCACGCCGCUCCGCAGCAAAUAUCCGCAACUUGUAGAAAGCGCGCGCGUGACGGUAUUUUUUAACUUCAUAAUUUAUCCGAAUUAAUUAUAUACAUUUAGUGAUCUCGUUACUCACAGGAUAAAAUUUAUUAUUUCAGUAUUGUGAGUAAUACCUAUUUAUUUAAAUCUAUAGAGGUUCGCACUGCGCAAUUAAACUGCCAUCAUCUACUGAACUGUGCCAUUUGCAUCUACGGAACUCUAAUGCUUGAAAUCAAGUGAAAGCCCGUAAUUUCCUUCAUUUGUGUCUGAGUCCGAGUUAAGUAGUAAAACAAAGAGAUUAGAAACAAUGGAUCACCUGUUCCGUCAACGGAGGAUUAGCGUGCCUAAGCGGACUAGUGAGUUGGUGGCGCUCGUGGCGGUGUCAUGUACCUUGUUCCUGUUCCUCCAUACUCGAGAUCUGAGCACCAAGCUUCGUCGCAUGCAGGGCCGGCUCAACGAUGACAUCACGGCCUUCAACCAUCUCACAGACAGAAUUCAGACAGAUCGCAUCGAGCAUGCGUUUGCUUCCGCACAAGAGUACAAAGAAGCUCUCGAAGCAAUACGAAGAAAUACCGGAGCUGAACGCAGCAAGCCACAGCGUACUCUCGAAGCACAGUUGGAGGAGUCCAGGGAAGAAGAAGAACAGGAGUACACUGACGAACUGCUGGUACCAGAGCCUUGGGAGCUGAACAAUACCGCACGGGCCGGUGUCGAGCUAUUAUUCUUUAACCGCGUGCCCAAGGUCGGCAGUCAGACCUUCAUGGAGUUGCUGCGGCGACUGUCUAUUAAAAACCAAUUCGGAUUCCAUCGCGAUGCGGUACAACGCGUGGAGACGAUCCGCCUCGCGCCACCUGACCAGGAAAUACUGGUGAACUUAGUGUCAGCUCACGAACCACCAGCUUCUUAUAUCAAGCACGUCUGCUAUACUAACUUCACCAGGUACGGAUAUCCAUCUCCUAUCUACGUGAACGUAGUCCGGGAUCCGGUAGAGCGAGUAAUCUCGUGGUACUACUACGUGAGGGCACCCUGGUACUACGUUGAAAGAAAAAGAGCCUUCCCAGACUUACCGCUGCCUGACCCUGCCUGGUUGAAAAAGGACUUCGAGACGUGUGUGCUGAGCGGCGACCGUGAAUGUCGCUACUUAGAGGGCGAAACGCACGAGGGCAUCGGAGAUCAUCGUCGACAAACUCUCUUUUUCUGUGGUCAUGAACCCCAGUGCACGCCAUUCAACACUGCUGCAGCGCUGCAGCGAGCCAAACGCGUGGUAGAGGAACAAUACGCUGUUGUGGGUGUGCUCGAGGACAUGAACUCCACGCUGCAAGCGCUGCAAGCUUACAUACCAAGAUUCUUUGACGGUGCUCUAAAGCUUUAUUGGGAGGAAUUGAACACAUUCAACCGUAUCAACCGAAACGCCUUCAAACCGCCCGUCUCCGAGGCCGUCAAGCAAAUAGUGCGAGCUAACUUCACAAGAGAAAUCGAGUUCUACGAAUUCUGUAAGCAGAGAUUGCAUAUGCAACUAAGAGCAUUAAGAGACCCUACUAUAACUCUCCCAACAACCACCAGGAGUCAGAGGAGACGACGGGCUCAUCGAUUAGUGGGGAGGAAGUAACUAAGGACUUGAUGGGACACCCAUCUUUUGUAGACUGUUUGUGAAUUUAGUUAAUAAAGGACAAUUAUGAAGUACCUAUACUUCAUUUUGUAUGAAGUCGUCUUGUAAGUUGUUAUUCCGCAUGUUUUUGAUGGAAUUUAGAAACGAUAUUUGUGAAUGUUGAGCAUUUGAUAAUCAUGUGAAUGUAAUUAUGACGUCUUAUGCAAAUUGCAUUUUGUAAAUUAUAUCAACAUUCAGAUAUUUAUUGUGCUUAUUGGAAGAGUAUGUAAAAAUGAAUUAUUAUAAUUUAAUUAGUG